AUGUUCUCCAAAGCCCUUUUAGCUCAGUCAAGGACAUUGUCUGUAUCUCUCCGGGCCCGUGCGUCGCCUUUUUCGUUGGCUCUGUUACGCCAUGCCAACUCCGGAAAACUGUCGAUGCCAUCGCAGUGGCAGAGGGCAUUGUCAACGUCGUCAGCGUUGCGUGAUGACGGGUCACGGUUUGGCGACCAAAACUCGAAGCCAAGGGGCUUUCGGAGAAGCGUUCCGCCUUCGGGAACACUUUACAUCGGAAACCUCCCAUACUCUAUCACCGAAGAAGAACUGCGACAGUCUUUUGCAGAGUUCGGAGAGAUUGUGCGUGUAUCUUUGGGCACCACACCAGAAGGGCUCAACCGCGGGUUUGGACACAUUGAAUUUUCCAAUGUGGAUGAUGCCAGCAAGGUUAUCAAGGCGGAUGAGGAGGACCCAAUCUAUAUCAUGAACCGCGACAUCCACCUUGACCACGCUGCGGUCCACAAGGAGCCUGUGCGUGAACCUUACCAUACGCUCUACAUCCGUCCGUUUGGCGGACUGGAGGACGACUUGCGCGAAAUGUUCAGCAACUUUCAACAUUCGAUCGCGGGUGUGAGAUUAUUGAGGGACAGAAUCACCGGCGAAUCAAGGGGAAGUGGGUUUGUUGAAUUCGAGAGUGCCGAGAGCGCUACAGAGGCGCUUGAGGCCCUAAAAGAUCCAAAGGACCCUUCAACGGGCAGGCAGAUGACCAUCCAAUAUGCAAAACCUUCUCGUCUCGAUUCUGCUCCUGACGUUAGGAGUAACCGGGAGGGACAAAGACGGAGAUUUAACCAGAGAGAGAGUGGUCCUCGUCGCAAAAACUCAUAUGGUAAUGACUGGAAAAGUUCCCAGCGCACGGAAGAGUAUCAGGAUUCAUAG